UGCGUCAACUCUCUGGGUCGGGAUUGACAACAAUAACAGAGGAGAGGUUUAGGAUGAAGACAUACCGGCGAUUAGCUGUGAUUUAGAGACACCUCGACGACAAGCAUCUCCGUUUCUUGGUAACUGCUUUCCCGCUAGCUGCCGUUGCGAGGUGAGACGGUUGUCUUCGACGAGCCGUGAACCACAAAAUGGGUCGGAUCUUCUUGGAUCACAUUGGUGGGACUCGCCUCUUCGCUUGUGCAAACUGUGACACCAUUCUGACCAACCGAGCUGAACUCAUCUCCACGCGCUUCACCGGGGCCACCGGAAGAGCUUUCCUGUUCAACAAGGUUGUGAAUCUGCAGCACAGCGAGGUGCAAGACCGAGUCAUGCUGACGGGAAGACACAUGGUGAGGGACGUCAGUUGCAAGAACUGCAACAGCAAGCUAGGCUGGGUGUACGAGUUCGCCACCGAGGAAAGCCAGCGCUACAAGGAAGGACGUGUCAUUCUGGAGAGGACGCUGGUGAGGGAGAGCGAAGGCUUCGAGCACAAUCCCUCCGACAACUCCUGAGUUGACGCUUGUUGCAGUUACAGCGCUCAAUCCGGGCACGUUACAGAUUUUCCCUCAGGCAGCAGUGCAUGGAUUUGAUGGACACUGCCAUUUGGGAGUAGAGCUACACCAGAACAAUAUCCCAGGGUCUUUGUAGGCAGUUUAAAUGCAAAAAGUGGUCUUUAUUUUCCCACUUUUAAAAUAUAAGAAUAUCUUCUAUGAUGCCAUUUCUUGUCUAGCAUUUCAAAUUGCCUGCAGUUUCAAUGUGUUUAUUGUUGUGGCGUUUUGGCUGCUGUCAGAGGGAGGCGACUUGCUCACGCUGCCCUGCAAGGUCAGAGAUUGUGACGUUGAACAUGAACCAUGUUCUUCACAGAAGAUUUUGUCACAAAGCAGUAUGCUGCAAUAUAUUUCUUUACUGCAAAGUGUUCAAUGUGACAGUCAGAAAUUCUUUAUUUUAUAUGAAUAUUAAGUAACUUUUCAUUAUUAGCUGUAUUCCCUAAAAAAUAAAUCACGGUGAUCAUAUUGUUGUUUUCCAUUUAUGACCUAUAGAGGUCAGAUAUCCCAACUUUAUUUUGUGAUGAUAAAUGAUAGUCAAACCAGUUUUUGUACAGUGAUGGGGAAUUACAUAUCAAUACACUCUUGCUGUAAGCCUGAUUUCAGUGAUUUAUUUAAUAUAAUCCAAAUGUCUAUUAGCAAUUGGCAUAUUACUUAAAUAAAACUGUUUUCUCAUUAUCAAAAAUAAAUACAUUUAAAAUGUA